CAGUCGUUUAGUGGGCGCGAUGCUAGUCUUGGGGUAGGAGAGGAGUUGUCAACGUUUGUGCUUUUAGAUAUUGAACGUGAUAAAGCCGACCAUUUGAUGGCUUAUUACAUUCCAAGGGCAUCAGCAAAACUUGUACCUGUUUUCCAUUAAAACUAGAAGUCUGAAAGACUUGUAGUACCAUCGGCUCUUGCAUAGCGAUUACACGAUACACGCUGCCGGUCUGGGCGUUAGUUGGCAUCUCGGGCAUGUGCUAGGCUGUAUCGGAUCUUUUGCAGUUCAGUGCCUUUCUGUGAGUUAUUUGUUUUUAAAACGUAAAAACUGUGAUAUUGCACUUUCGAUGAUUUUCUAAUUUGAAUGUACCUGGACUAAACUUCGGCUAGACCCUCUUCAUAACCUGUACUUGUCCAUUCGUGCACAAACCAGCCCAACCAUGAGGAGUAACUAUUACAACGAUAAUUUUAAUACGAGAAAUUACUCGUACAUGUUCAAUUUUGAAGAGGAAUUUGAACAUUCCAAUACAAGAGUAUGGAUGACCGAAAACUGGACCUAUGGUUUUCUAUACUGUGCGAUUUAUAUGAUUGUCAUUUUUGGUGGACAACACCUGAUGCAGAAUCGUCCUAGAUUUCAACUCAGGGGCGUACUGGCUGUAUGGAAUACAAUGCUGGCCUGCUUCAGCGUGAUGGGAGCUUGCCGAACGUUUCCUGAGCUCUACUAUGUCCUGAAGAAUUAUGGAAUUUACCACUCGAUUUGUGUGCCAAGUUUCAUAAUGCACGACCGUGUAUCCGGCUUUUGGACAUGGUUAUUUGUGCUGUCCAAGCUGCCAGAACUGGGCGACACCAUCUUCGUGGUGCUGAGGAAACAGCCGCUCAUCUUCCUGCACUGGUACCACCACAUCACAGUGCUGCUCUACUCGUGGUUCUCCUACACCGAGUACACAGCUUCGGCCAGAUGGUUCAUUGUCAUGAACUACUGUGUGCACUCCAUCAUGUACGGCUACUAUGCGCUCAAAUGCCUCGGCUACAACCCGCCCAAAAACUUCGCCAUGCUCAUCACAUCUCUCCAACUAACCCAGAUGAUUGUCGGGUGUACCGUCAACAUAUGGGCCGCCCAGUACCUCCAGGAUGGUCACGUCGACUGUCACGUGUCACCCACUAACGUUAAAGUCUCAAUCGCCAUGUACUUCAGUUACUUUGUGCUGUUCGCGAGAUUCUUCUACAAAGCCUACAUGAACCCAGAUCCCAACUGGAAGAAACGUCAGCCGGAAAGUAUACCGGGCAACUACCGCAGUCAAAAUGGCGCCGACAAGUCCAAAGUUCAAUAAUGUGUGUGAAUGUGUAGUAAUUUGAUCGAAAACUGUGGAACCUGCUGGUCCAGGUUGAACUAGUGACAUGGUUUGAACGUUUCUAACUCGCUUAUCCAGGUUCGAAAUAGUAACUUAAGCAUUGAAAGUUAGUUACUGAUUGUAAGAAAGCAACUUGAUUGUCCAGGUUUGAAAUAGUAACUUACAUAAUUGAAGUUAGUAAUUGAUUCUCCAGAAUGUAGUAAAUUCCUAACUCAGGUUCAAACCACUAACUUAGCAUUGAAAGUUAGUUACUUAUUGUAAGAAAGCAACUUGAUUGUCCAGGUUUGAAAUAGUAACUUACAUAAAUAAAGUUAAUAAUUUAUUCUUCAGAAUAUAGUAACUUUCUGAUCCACGUUCGAAACUGUAACUUGAAAAAGUUAAUAACUGAUUGUAAUAAAGUAACUUCAUUGCCCAGCCUUGAAAUAGCAACUUUACACAAUUGAAGCUACUAUACUAAUUCUUCAAAAUGUAGUAACUUCCUAAUCCAGGUUCGAAAUAUUUAUUGGUGGAAACUAACUUGCUUGUCCAAGUUUGAAAUAGCAACUGUAUUUGAAGUUAGUAACUGAUCGUAUAAAAGUAAGUAAUUUGCUUGUCCAGGAUUGAAAUUGUUCUAGACUAACUUGCACAUUGGAAGUUAGUAACUUAUGAUUUGACAACAGUUUGGGAAAUAUUAUAGAUUUAAAGCCAAUGUUUAUAGAUUACACUUAAUUCUAUGUUCACUCUUUUCAACUUCACAAUGUGUUUGAAGUUACUAACUUAUGAUUUGUAAGUUGCUUAUGAGAGUAUUUUCUGGUUUCUAACUAAGGUUAUAGAGUAUACUCUACAUUUACUCUUAUUGCUUUGGUUGGAAACUUCUGUAGAUUGUGUAACAAAGUCUAGUGUUGAUUACAUACUUGUAACGGUAUCUGUAGAUUUGCUUAUUUUUAUUUAAAAAGUUGUGUCUUGCAAUUUAAUGUUGAUUUAGUUGAAAUCCCACAGUUAUUGUACCUUGAGAAACUGAACUACAGGAAAGUUCUAGAAUCAUGAGGAAACUUGAGGGACUGUAAAUUAUAGUGAGCAGUGUACUGAACAUGAAGUUUAAAAAACUAAUAGGAUAUAUUUUCCAAAAAUACAAGAUAGAUAACACCACCUGAAGUAACUGUUAAGCACUGUGUAUCGUCAUACACAGCUAAAAGUUGAUAACUAAUAAUUAUAAUAACUAAUGAUUAAUAUCAAAGUUAUAAUAAAUAACUUUGUAUUGCGUAGUCUGGUUGCCUUUCCAGUUGAACGUCUUAUUACACACAUCACAUGUAUACACUCGCUCCACACAUUUGUUAUCCUCAUCUCAGGAUCUGCAUAAAAUGCCUCACUUAACACCGUGCUAUUCAAAUAGCCCAGGUCUGAGUGAAAGGUCUCGCUUGAAACAGUGUUGUUCAAAUCGUCCGGAUAUAUGUGAUAGGUCUCGCUUGACACAUUGUGUUGUACAAAUCACCGCCGGACAUCUGGAGUUCCGCUAAUUAUCGUUCAGCUCAAAAACGCCAAUCGAUGAUGAAGAGACCCCCAUCGACCAGCGGCGAUUUGAACAACACGGUUUCAAGUGAGGUCUUUCACACAGACCUGGGCUAUUUGAAUAGCACGGUGUUAAAUGAGGCAUUUUACGCAGGUCCUGAUGGUUGCAAUGGAGGAUAAGAAAGUUGUUGAGCAAGUGUAUAUACAUGUGAUGUGUGUGAUUAGAAGUUCAACUGGAAAGGCAACCUGACUACGCAUAUGGGGUGUCACUCUGCUGAAGAAUAACCUUACCACAUCUGAUGACCUGAUGUGUCACCUGAGCAGGCGACAAGACUUUGCACCCCCUCAGUAGCUAGUGCUACCUUGUCGUGGGUUCGAAUCCCGCUGUAGGUAUGGACGUUUUAUCUACCUACCUCGCGUUUGAUCAUCUUAUAAAAUCAUCCAUCCACUAGCUAAAAGCUCAUGUGGACAUAUCCUCUGCUAAAAAAUUGCCACAUGGAAGAACAGCCUCAUCGCACACGUAAACGUCAUGGCAACAACGCCAAGUCUCUCUUUGCUAAUAUCUAGGAGUUGAGUUCAAUGGUAGGCCUACUAUUUUGUCAGCUCCUGCAAUACAUUUGUUCAUCCACAGGCUGCUUUCAGUACAUGAGCUAUCAUUCACUUCAAACUCAACAUUGAUUGCCAGUAGUCAUAUGCUUGUCUCAAAGAUUAAGCCAUGCAAGUCUCAGUACAAGCCACAUUAAGGUGAAACCGCAAAAGGCUCAUUAAAUCAGUUAUGGUUCCUUGGAUCGUACAAUCCAUUACUUGGAUAACUGUGGUAAUUCUAGAGCUAAUACAUGCAAACAGAGUCCCGACCAGAAAUGGAAGGGGCGCUUUUAUUAGAUCAAAACCAAUCUCAUUCAUCUAUUUAUAACAAAUGCGAACAGUUUUAAGUGAAUCACACUCUAGAAAGUCACUACACUAUUUCUCUUAAGUUCUUUCAUGAUCUUGGCAUUCUUGUUCAGAACUUUGACGGACGCUUUUACGAAAAAUGCACAAAAGAAAGGAGAAUAUUUCUUUCUAUUUUGAGAGAAUAUUUCUUUCUAUUUUGUGUAAAAAGUCAGGUCGGCAUAGUCUGGUGGGCUGCAGCGUCGCAACUGCAGUCUAUUGUGCUAUUUGCUGGUCUUGGGUGCUAUUCCCAGUCUGUCUGGCAUUUAUUGUGACACCACCCCCUCGUUACCCACGCACAAGUCAGAGAAUUUUGUGGGAAUCAUCAGCAAAGCAUUGUAAAACAAUGGAGUAAUACUUUUCAAUUAUUAAGCGAACAGAUGAAUUAUUUCCUUUCAUUUUGUGCUUCACACAGAUUUCAUUCAAAUUAUAAAAAUCAUGUUUUUGGACUCAGGGGACCUUGAAACGUAUAGAAAACUUGAAAUUAGGGUACCUUAUUUUUUUUGGAAAGCAAACCCUAUGGCAAUAAGGCAAGGAAAGUAAAAAUGUUACAUACACCAACAUUCUCUAUUAGAUUGUAAGGCACAGCUCCUCAAAAUAUAUUCAUCUACAAAAAUUGUCAGGGACAGAUUUGUUUGUUGCUGAGCAACGCUUUCUUUGUAAUCUUAUCUUCCUUAUAAGAAUAGAUUAUUUAGAAGACUACAAUAAAAUAACUUUAUAAAAUCGCUGUGUUGCAUAAUGUUAGCUCGAGUUUGAACUUGGCAUUUGGUACGUGAAUUGAGAUUUUAUCUUAUCAAAGUACAAUACUAGUGGUGUGUCAUUCAUUGUAAUUGAAUAUGUGAGUUGCAUUACUUAAUAAGAUAGAGAUUGCUAAACCUUUUCGAAUCGUCAAUCUUCACCCACAUUAUCGUUACUUAAAUAGACUUCUGGAGUCUGGUAAUAAUAUGAAACAACGCUGUUUCAACAUCUCAUUGACAAAUCUCAAAAAAUUGUCAAGUUAGACAUAUUCUCUUCUAUUUAUUAUCCUUAAUCCUUACAAUAUCAACAUGAUAAAUUGUAAAUUAUUCUACUUUUUUAUUAAUAUUAUAGAACUAUUAUUACAUAAAUUAAUAGAAACCAUAUUCUAAAUACUCUGAUCACUGGAAAAUUAGAUAGUUUCCGAAAAUGUUGGAAAUUGUUUGUGGGUUUGAUAUGUAUGGCAGUUGUAAAUAAGCUUUGUUUUCGUUAGAUUCUAUACGAAUUUUGUAAUGUGCGAUUGUGUAUUUCUUUCCACUCUAUGACUAUGCGAUAAUGAUUAUGUCCAUCUACCAUUAGUGAAUAGCUUGUCAAAUCAUAAACUACUAAAGUAUUUUAUUCCUUGAUUUUAUAAAAACUUUUAAAAAUGUUUCAUAUUUGUUAUAGUCUUCCUUUUUCACCAAAUUUAGUUUCUUAUAGAAAAUAUUUGUUGUUUAUCAACGCACAAUAUUGUUGAAAAAUUUCCGAUUGCCGAUCAGGAUAACUGCAUUUAUUUAGAUAUUUUAAACAUUAGUUUAUAAAAAUUGUAGAAGAUUUUUAUACACAUUUGUAUGAAACAAAUCUCGUAUUUAUAGAAAUAGUCCUAUUUUACAAUUUGUAAUGUACAUUCCUAUAUUAAUGGCAAUAGUGAUUUAUAAUAUAAUCUGCCUUAAGAGACGCAUUUUUGCAUAAUGUUUCAUCAAAUUUUCAAGUUUAAAAUUGUAGUCCAUAGGACAGUAUAUGGAAUUAAGGUUAUAAUGUUUGGAGAAGAAAAAUUUGUAAAUCCUUGCUCACUGUAAAAUUGAGUAUAGGCCUAAUACUCUGUGAAAGCUUUCUCUUCAUAUAAUCGGUUUACUGUGGUUUCUGAAGGUUGUUUAAAAAUAUUAUUCUUCGUCUUCCUUAGCUUUUUAUGUCUUCUUGCAUGAAAUCUUAAAAUUUUAGAAUUCUCAAUUAAACUACUGUUUCUAUUAUUUAUUGUAUAGUAAUUUUUAAGUAUGUGAGGUGACUUCGAUAAAGCUUGUAUUAUAUUGGCUCCAAUAAUCUUUGUUUUAGCUAGCCUGUUGUUUUCUGCGUCAUUCUAGUGAAUCAAUUUACUAUUUCUUUGUUAAUUUAAGAUGAUUUUGCGUCAUUUUUUUAAACUGAUUCACAGUUGAAAUAUUUCAUUCCGGUUGAAUAACUAGAUUUUUAGUCUUCACCAUUCAUGGCUUCCUUUAAACAUUUUAUGGGGAAAGCCAGGCCUAAUGAAAGGCCACUAUUGUACUGUUGAAAUACUAUUGAUAUCCAUUCUAUUAGCAUUGUACCUAUUUAUAAUGUUUUUAAUAAAAUAAUGAUUGCAGUUGACUUUUUAAUAAAUAAUGAAACUGUAAUUUCUACUAUAGAAAUCGUAAUGUUAUUGUGAAAUCUACUUGAAAAUGAUCGAAGUUUCAACAAAGGCAUAAAACAAAUGUAUAAGAAUGAACUAGUUUUACAAAUUAUAGCCUAGGAAUAAUGAUAUGAAAAACUAGUCUACGGAAACAUUUUCUAAGAAAAGUUUCUAUUGUUGACAACUUAUUUAAAUUGAUUUUCUUUGCAUGGACAUAAGUAAUAUUUGAGUGAUUAUGUAAGUGAACAUAUUGUAAAAGUUGAGAGUGAAGAAUCGUUGGUUAAAAUUCGAGUAAAGAUGUAAUGUCACUUGAUAUAUUUUCUAAAUCCGUAGGUGUCUUGAAGGACGUUGUUUAAAUUGUUAUUUAUUCCUGAUUAAACUUUCCUAGAUUGUUACUUAAAAAAGCAGAACCUUCAAGCCAUUCCCUGUGAACUUAUUUAUUGUGUCAAUUGUUUCUGAUCUUUUUCAUUAUUUUUCAAUAAAAAUUGUUUUCAAUUA